CACUCUGGCAUUCUCGAGUGUAGUCCCAGAAAGCGUGCGCAAAUGCUUGACUCUUGUGAAAUACACGAGAAUACACAAUCAAGAUUUGAUAUCUCCACCUCCCAAUGAUUCUCCUUCAUUUUGGAGGGAAUCACAAAAUUUUAAAUACCACUAUUUACCCAUAAAUCGCGAUAUAAUCGAUCUAUAUCGAUCGGCAUCCGAUUGUGUUCAGAAUCUGUGUUGACCAAAAAAUUAAAUCAAGUACGACAAAAAAAAAAACCAAAUGCAAGUGAAGUAAAAUUGUUUCGUGUUUUUAUCGCACCUUGUUUGCUCAUUUCGAUUUUUGGAAAUGGAAUGACGACUGGAGAGAAAAUAUUUUGGAAAUAAUCGAUUGUUAAAUGAAAAUUUCGGCUCUUGCGGUAUGACUUCCAUGAAGCUAAAGCAAGAGGUUCUUGAGGAGGGUCACGAUGAUUUACAAAACCAGUCGCAGUCGCAGGAGGGCCAGGAGCAGAUGGAUCAGCAAGUCACUCAGCCACAGAUACGAUUUGUCACGGCUAAUGUACUUCAGCAAUUGCAGGCACAACAGCAACAGGCCGCACAGAAUCAUCACGAGCAGAAUCUCCAACAACAUCAUGGUCAGCCGCAAGUCAUCACUCUUCAGCAACUUCAGAAUUUUGUCCCCAUGGCACAGCAACAGCAGCAUGAUCAGCAAAGGACACAAACUAUCACAGUUCAGGGGAUUCCACAGCAAUUUCUUCAGAAUUCCCAACUGGCGGCUAAUCAGGGACAAGCGCAGCAGCAGCAGCAACAACAGCAGCAGCAGCAACAACAACAACAACAACAGCAACAACAACAACAGCAACAACAGCAGCAGCAACAGGUGACCCAACAAGCCCAGAAUCAACAACAGAGCCAACAGGCAGCAUCGCAAGCUCAACAGUUGAGCUACAGUGUAAUACCCCAGAUGCAAACAGUGAACAUCGAUGGCCAAGAAGCCCUCUUUAUUCCUUCGUCAGCAAUGUCAGGGGUUGGUGGUCACCAUCAGUCCCAGCCAAUGCAGUUCACUACAGCAGGUGGCCAACAAGUACAGCUGGCCUCUCAGCAGGUUCAACUGGCCAAUGGCCAAACCCUUAUCACUCCACAGCCUGUCUCUCUGAUCAGGGCCCCAAGUGUCUUCCCCACCUCUAUUAUUCAGAAUAUCGGUGGGCAAACAGUUCAGUUGCCAACAGACUCCAAGGCAACUUUUGAUGUUCCAGGACAAAGUGUUCAAGUGAGGCCACUCCAAUUUCCAAUGCAGCAUGUUCAACAAACUGUUCCUGUUCAGGUGCCUGUCACUGCCAAUAAUGGACAGACUAUCUAUCAGACUGUUCAUUUUCCUAUCCAAGCGCUGUCCAAUGUCUUCAAUAUGGGAGCUGCACAGAUGAUACCACAGAUAGCUCAGCAAAUACCUCAAAUGGCGCAGAUCAUCACACCAAAUGGUCAAAUUCAACAGGUUCAAAUAGCUAAUUUACCACAGCUGCAAGGACUACAGAGUCAACAGGUAGCCCAACAGCAGCAAGCUCACGCCCAGGCUCAUGCCCAGGCACAGGCCCAAGCCCAGGCCCAAGCUCACGCCCAAGCAGCCGCCCAAGCGCAAGCCCAAGCAGCAGCGCAAGCCCAAGCUCAAGCCCAGGCUCAAGCAGCAGCAGCAGCUCAAGCGCAGGCCGCCGCCCAACAAGUCCAACAAGCCCAGCAAGUAGCAGUCGCAUCGACACCCACCUCAAGUGCAACGUGGACAACGUCAGCCUCAAUGUCAGCGCCCAGUAACGUUCAAGUGGUCGGGCUAGGUUCGCUAGGUCGGCCCUUAGCCUCAAUCACGACAAAGGAGGGCCAGAAAAUUGAUGUUACCAAUUUGCCAACAGCGGAGCCAGAUAGAGACUUGAAAUUCAGCAUCGACGCCAAUCAGUUAGCAGCAGGCCAGGUCAUUCAUAUUCCAGCAGCUCAGGCAGCUCAGCAGUCAAUCCAACCGAUAACAAUAGCUGGUGCACAAGGCCAACAGUUGACUCUGAUAUCAGCCUCAGCCCUGACAAAUAUCACCGCCCAACAGGCAGGGGGAAUGAUGAGGGGUUUGAAUGUUGGUAAUGGUGGUAUAAUGCAACUCCAACCUGGUACACCCAACGGUUUUCUCCAGUCAAUUCCCGUUCAGAAUAUUCCAGGAUUGGGUAAUGUUCAAGUGAUACCAGCCAGUGCACUUCAACCAGCUGUCCAGACAUUACCAACAGCCCCUGGCAAUCAAAUUGUCACACCAGCUGUGCAUCUUGACAGUGUGGAUCCACCAAAGUGGCAGAUACUCCAGACUAUUCAGUCAAAUGGGGCGUUAGCUGCACAGUCUGCUGCACAGACUCAACAAGCACAACCCCAACAGCCCAUUCAGCAACAAGUGAACACUGGAACAACUGGUACCACUAAUGAGGAUGGAACGAAGCAACACAGGAAGAGAGUUGCCUGCAACUGUCCUAAUUGCAGCGAUGGAGAGAGGAACAGGGACAUGACCCAUAAGAGACAGCAUGUUUGUCAUAUUGCUGGAUGUAAUAAAGUUUAUGGAAAAACGAGUCAUUUGCGGGCACAUCUGAGGUGGCACACCGGAGAGAGGCCAUUUGUGUGCAGUUGGAUAUUCUGUGGUAAAAAAUUCACGAGAUCUGAUGAAUUGCAGAGACACAGGAGAACGCAUACUGGGGAGAAGAGGUUUCAGUGUCCUGAGUGCACUAAAAAAUUCAUGAGAUCUGAUCAUCUCACGAAGCAUAUUAAGACCCACACCAAGAUUCGGAGUACGGAAGCGGCAACCUCCACGCAAGAAGGCUCAUCCGACAGUCAAUCAUCAACGGACGACAAAAUAAUCAUAGCCCUGCACAAAGAGACUGAACAAACGGAGAUAAUCCUACCUGGUGGAAUUGAAGGAAUGGAAAGUGAUACACCGACACACGUAACCAACGAAUGAAAUUUACCAUUGACAGUUCGGAUCGUCUCCUUUCAUGUUGAAUAAUCCAGUCGAACAAAGAUUCCAUUUGAAGACAACUGAUGUUGGACGGUCUUUCUUUUCGGUAUUGCUGAGUAAAGCACCAUUUACAGGGAUUCCCCAUUAUAUAUUUUUCUAUUCUGUAUAGUAAAAGAAAGAAAACCCCACAAUGUAAAUAAUGUACAUUAAAUGUAAAAAAAAACACUUUGCAUAUGAAGAAAUAACGAGAUUAAAAGAAAUUUAAAAAUAAA